AUGCCCAGCCCCAAAAUCACCCUCUACCGCACCAACGGCGCCUGCUCCCUCGUCCCGCACAGCAUCCUCGCCCACUUCGCCAUCCCCUUUAAUGCAGUCGAGAUGGAGCCCACGCCAGACGGCACCGACGGCAUCGGGGGCCGCUACCGAGCCGCCGACGGCUCGCUGACCCAUGAAGAGUACCGCCGCAUCAACCCGACGGGCUACGUCCCGUGUCUCGUCGUCACCGACAACAUCACAGAGAUGCCCGACGGCGGCGUUGACAAAACAGUCAUCACAGAGAUGCCCGCCGCACUGACCUACAUCGCCUCCCUCGUCCCAGACCAGAAUCUCUUCGGCAGGACGGCGGUGCAGCGGGCCAAGGCGUACGAGUGGGUGUGCUGGCUGUCGGGGACGCUGCAUAGCUUGGGUUACGCUGGUGUACUGCGGCCUGAGAGGUUUGUACAUGGGAAGGAGGCGAAGACUGAAGUUGUGAAGAAAGGACAGGAGGUUAUUGAUGGUUGUUAUGCGAGGAUUGAUGAGAGAUUGGCGGGGAGGGAGUUCGCUGUUGGUGACGUGUUGACUGUUGUGGACUUCAACCUAUACAUCUUCUACCGAUGGGGAUGUAAAGCUGGGACUGAGAUGGGCCGAUUAUACUCCAAUUAUGAGAGGAUCGCUCGGAUGGUGGAGGGUCUUGAUGGAGUGGCAAAGGUCGUUCAUGUUGAGAAGCAGCAGUUGGUCUUCCAAAAUUGA